CCGGCAGCCCCUCGCGAGGGCUCUAUCUACAGCCUGCACAAGCCGCAUUCGUGACUGCAGACGCAGCGCGACCGCGUACGUCACCCCGAAUCAGUCAUCUAGCCACUCGUGCAGCGAAACUCCGCGCGGCUCGAUAAUAGACAAGCUAGCAGCACAACAGUCCUCAGCAGAGGCAAGUAGGCAAGUAGCUGGUCGCGCGCGACCUUAGGCAUCACUCGUCACACAAGACAGAAAUCAUGGAUGCUCCUCUGUCGGCCGGCCGCGGCCCGAAAGAUCCCUCGGAGCGCAAGCCGCGUGGCGGUGGCGGCGGCGGUCCUCGCGGCGGCGCCCGCAGCGGUGGAGGCGGCGGCGGCAGACCUGGCAGAGGCGGCCGCCCGCAAGUAUGCUACAACUGCGGCCAGGAGGGCCACAUCUCCGCCGAGUGCCCGAACCCCAAGGUCGAAGGUGGUGUGAAGAAGUGCUACAACUGCGGCGAGCUCGGCCACAUCUCGGCGGACUGCCCGCAGCCGCGCAAGGAGCGCGAGCCGAGAGCUCCCCGCAACGGUGACCGCAAGGGCUAUUCUGAGCACGACGACCGCGGCGGGAAGCAAAACCGUAAGGAAGACCGGGCGUGCCGCAUCUGCGGCAAGAUCGGUCACUUAGCGCGGGACUGUCGCAGUGCCGGAGCGAAGACGGACAAGACCUGCCGCAUCUGCGGCAAGGUCGGCCACCUGGCCCGGGACUGCCGGUCCAAGGGCGCGCAGAAGGGCGGCAAGGGUCAAAAAAGAGGCCGCGGCGGCCCGCGGUCGGCGUCGGACUUGGACAAAGAAAUGGACUUAUAUCAUGGCAAGCCCGCGAAGAAAGGCAAGCCGACCGCCGACGAGCUCGACGCGGAGAUGGAUGCGUACAACAAGGCGGCGGCCACCGGCGCCGUCGCGGCGGAGGCGUAGAGCUCGACCGGUCUAUCCCGCGCCACCGACGGCGCGCCGCCCGCAAAGACUAAGUUCCGCUCGUACGAUUUGCUAGCGGCCGGUAAGACACUAGCA